CAGUCUAAAAGCAAACUUCACCACAGUAACAACACGACAGUUCAUUAGAUGAGUACGCGAAUCGGUAGUCUCCAUUUACACAUUCAAGCAAAUAUGAUAAAAUGGGCGAAGAGAGACUUUAUUUCACACCAUACACAAAUAUGUGUGUAGAAAAUAAUAGUGACACACGCGGCGUGUAUUAGCAAAGCUCAAGAGAUACACUCUAGUCGAUGUCGGCGCUUUCACACUAUAAGACCAAAACUCAAUGGUUAAGUGUUAGAAUUGUUUUAAAUGCAUUAAAUUGAAAAAUGUGAAAGAGUGAAAAGAUUUGACACACGCCAAAGAUAUCUCAAAUCAACAGAAAAAAAAGAACACGAUACAACAAAAGCCAGCCAUUACAGAGAUAAGGCCGAGAAUGGUGUACUCCAUACAGAACUCGGAAACGGGCGAACACCUCUACAUUCAUCAUGAUGUAAGCACUAUAAAACAGCAGGUACUCGACAUGGAAACCGGCGAGCCAUUGAACGGCACACAAGUGAAGGUUCGCUAUGGCAAACAUGAGCAUUUCCAAAUACCGAAAAAAUUCCUUUCUGACACCAACAUCGAGGUAAAGGACAAGACCCAUAAUCUACCAUGCAUGCGCCUAAAAAGAGAAUGCCAUCGUCGUCGCCAGCUAUACAAAAGAGAGGAUUUUAUCAAAAUGGACGGUGUGAAGAAUGAUAUCAUCUUGGGCUAUGAAAAGGAGCGUUAUUUAGUUUUUCUCAUACUAACAUUCUUUUGCUUCUCCAUUGGUUUGUAUUUCCUACUAGUGCUAAUCGAAGAAGUUUUACACUAUUGGGCCCACAAGAAGAACUCGUUAAAUACAAGCAAAUACUAUUACUUUCGCAGUCCCUUACACGUGCUCUCAUCCCAGUUUUGUGUAGUUUGUCGCAGUGAAAUCGAAAUGAAAAAGAUCGAAAUAUUUCAAGAAUUGAAUAAACAAAUUGUGAAAGCUGCCAAACAAUCGAAAACUACGCUAAAGGAUAUGAGUAAAGUAAUUAGUUAA